GUGCGCGUCACCGGCGCCCCUCCCGCCGCCGCGAACGGCGAGAGCGGCGCCUCGGGCGGCCGGUUCUACGCGUGCAACCACCGCACGCUCCUCGACCCGAUUGCCAUCUCGAGCGCGCUGGGGAAGCCCGUGUUCGCCGUGACGUACAGCCUGAGCCCGCUGUCGGAGCUGCUCUCGCCGAUCCCGCUGCUGCGCCUCACCCGCGGCCGCGACGAGGACCGGCGCCGCAUGUCGUCGCUGCUGGAGCGGGGCGACGUGGUGGUGUGCCCGGAGGGGACGACGUGCCGCGAGCCGUACCUGCUCAGGUUCAGCCCGCUGUUCGCCGAGCUCGCCGACGAGGUGAGCCCCGUGGCGGUGGACGAGCGCUCCACCAUGUUCUACGGCACGUCGACGUCGCCGGGCGCCAAGUGCUUGGACUCGGUCUUUUUCCUGAUGAACCCACGGCCGGAGUACUCCGUCCACUUCCUGGAGCCCGUGCGCACAGACAACCCGCGUGGCAGCAUCGAGGUCGCGAACCAGGUGCAGGGCGUGCUGGCCGGCGCUCUCGGGUUCACGCCCACGGCCCUGACGAGGAAGGACAAGUACUUGCUGCUCGCUGGUAAUGAGGGGGUCGUGUCGACCAAGACGAGCAAAGUCAUCUAGAAUUGUAGGGAUGUUUAGAACAUAUAGUAGUACAUAGUAGAGUGUUGUUUUGCGGUAUUGUACAUCGCACUGCAUAACCACAUUUUUUGUAUGCCGGAUUGAUGAACUGGGUAUGUUUGGAACGCUAAAGUUUCAUAUAUUUCACAUGGGA